GUUUUCCAUUUAUUUGUGAACGCCUCUCAGCUUGAAUGAAAACAUCCUGCUUGGACCGAGGCUUGAAUGAAUGGUGACAAGGAUCUGCUAUAAACCAAGGAGAGUUCAGGAAUAAGAACGUAAUCCAAAGAAAUCAAAAGGAAUCAUCAUAGUGGUAACAGGAUGUAAAUGAUAAAGACCGGUUACUACCUGUCAGCUUCUGUGUUGCUAUGGCAGACUCUAGCAGUAUCCACCAUCGACCAGUGAUUAGACCAAACCAGAGACCAGCUACACCUCCGAUUCUCUCCCAUUCCCCACCAUCGUCAACAAGAUCAAAUCUCUCUCCUGCCCCAUCAAGAGGAUUGCACACAACCAAAGCAUCAAACUCCCGUGUUGUUUAUGAGAAAGCAAAGCCCAAUAGGGAUGUUGGAAAGCUUGUAGAUGCAUACAGGAAUAUUCAGAUGUUGUCUUGGCCUCUCGUCCUGUGUUAUGAGUUCAUCUCAACUGUCUUUAGCUGGGAUUAUCCGAUCUUAACCAUCGGUGUUUGGAUUAUCCUCCAGCUCUUCUCUUUCUACAUGACGACAGGGCAACUCGUGGUAGUAUGUUUUCUGAUGCUGUUUGUUAUCGCCAGCCUUGGGUACCUGACAUUUACCAGCCAAUAUCUGACAGAGAAACAUAAUUCUUCCAAGAAGAGAAAUGUUGGGAAUCUUCAAUCCUCAAGUUCCUCCUCAUCCUCUCCAUCGGCAUCAACAUCGUCAUCAUCAGCUGCACAAGUACAAUCUCCAACACCUGGCUCAAGCAAUCCGAAGUUAACAAAAGCUGGAGAUUCUCAAAAAGCCAAGAUUCCUUUGUCAUCUUCUCCACCCAAAGUAGCAGCAUCGUUGCCCGGUGGAGAUGGUUGCCUAGCAACACCUCAUCAUGAGAAAAUCAGGCACAAAGAGCUGGAGAUAGACAGUCAGCGGAAGAGAGAACUGUUGAGUGAAUAUUGUCAGAUGAUGCAGGAUCUUAAUCGAUGGCUUACAACGGUCUCCAGGUUGCUCCUUUGGAUGGAGGAUAUGUUGCUAUGGAGAUGCAGAUGGAAGACCAUCUUAUUCUACCUCACUUUAUAUACUGGUGUAUUAUGCAUCCUGUAUGUUCCAUUUUGUUGGAUCACCAUGGCAACAUCAAAUUAUCUAAUCCUCAGCCAUCCCCGAUGCUCUGUAGGUUUUGAGAAGAUCAAACGUUGGAUUACAAUCAAGAUGGAUCCAAGUCAAGCGAACAAAGAUGAAAGUUCAAAUCAUCUAGAAAACUCAGAUGAAAAUGAUCCAGCUGACUUGCGUUUGCAGAACGAUCGUGUUGUUUCUUCACAUCCCUUAUCCGAUGAUGUAAAUGGGAACGAGGAUACUGAUGAAGAAGUUCAGAAAGAGAAAAGAUUGAAGACAACUCAAGGAGUAGUACCAGCACAUAGCAGGCCAGACAGUGCACCAGCUACUCAACAACAUCAACCCAAGAAGUUUGAAAGUGGCAUGUGUUAUUUAUGUGGGACACCCUUUACAUCAGUCUUGAAGAGAAGGAGAUACUGUAGGUACUGUGGAAGAGACUUCUGUCCCAAGUGCUGCAGUAAAAAGCUACCAAGAUCUGCCCUAGGAGCAACAGCUCCAGCCGCUCAGACAGAGAAGGAACUGGUUUGCAACCUGUGUGUUAUAAAACUGACUGGGGAGGAGGUUGGCGGUAACAAAGUCAGAUGACAAUUACCUCCUGACCAAUCGAAUGUCUGCAUUGAAACGUCUAAUCUACCGACGGCAGUUCUGCAAACUUAUGCUUGUGGACAUGGCUUGGCUUAAGUAUUGGCAAUCGUUUUAUUGAUAUAAUCAUGAAGAACUGAGCUUAUGUCCAUGGUUUUGCUUAAUUUUUUAAUUGUUUGUGAUCAUGCCUGAUAACCUUUAACUUCUUGCAGAAAUGAUAUCUUUUACCACAGUUGUGCUGCAUAUCUGACCAUUGUUGUAUUCUUCCUGCUACUAUUUGACAUAGCUUCUAGCUGCAUGAAGGAUUGGUCAAAUUGUGCGAGUAAUAUUGACCAGUUUCGUGGUCAUUUCCUGACUAGUACAGACCAAUCCUGAUGGUCGAGGUACAGUUUGAAAGGCACCAAGUUCCUGGCUUGACUAUCGAGUCUGCACCAGUAUUAUGCUCCACAAGACCAAGAACAAUACUGGCCUUGACCUUUGCUUUUGGCCUUGCGCACAACACUUCUUUACCCAUGUAUUCCUUCAUCUUUUUUUUCUCUACAAAACAUACAGUAAUUAUCAUGGUUCCUUCUUUGCUUAUUACCAGAAAGGACAAUCCUAUAAUUACCAAGUGGUAACCAGGGCUCCGUAACACAAAGGUUUGCGAUGGAUUGCAAAUAUGGAAGAACCGCACUGAUUGGUCGCUGGCCAGUAUUUUUAACCUAAUGCGCAUGUAACAUUUAUAUUUAUUGGUCAAUUCAUUUAGCGAUUGAUCGCUAAUCUUUGUGUUACCGCGCCCUGGAUAAUCAUAUCCAUAAAAACGCCAAGCAAUGAUAAAGGCAGUUAUUACCAAAGCCAUGGUAAUAUUCUGAAUUGGCAACUAGAUAGAGGCACUAUAUAAAUGCUGUGUAUGAAGAAUCUUACUUUUACAUUCCUACCAUAACCAAUUAUUUCCUAUCAAAAUGGGAUUGCUAAAACUCUUAUCUGCACUCUUAUUGUGUGGAUUUUGAUGGUGUGUUAUUAUUAGUUAUCCUUUCUUAAUAUGUCAUUCUGGUCAACGUAUCUGACCGUGAUUGGACUAUUUAGAAUAUAUUUUCCAGUAUUUAAGCUUUUGUGUGUCUACUUAAUAAGAAAUAUGUUCAGGAUGAAAACAUGUCUUAACUACAUGUAUUGCUAACUGAUAGCAUGUUUAAUUAUUUAACCUCCUUCAGACCCAAAGCAGAAUGUCAGAAGCCAGGACAAAUGAAGAUAUAAAAAACCAAAAUAUUAAGGCAUUUUGUAUAAUCUCACCUGGGGCAUUUCCUAUGAAGAGAUACAAUCACACAAUAUCAGCUAUUAUAAUUUUUGUAUGACAGUUUGCCGUAGACGUAUGUCACGUUGUACUCUCUAUGGAGACCAAUCAGAAUAUAAUAAUAUUGUUUGUAAGCAAAAACUUCAAUUGCUUUUAAGUUGGAGAAACGUGGAAAAGAUAAUGAACUUUGUUGAUUCUGUCAUAUGGAAGCUAAUAAGUAGGAGUAGGACCCUAUUUAAUCAUACCUGUACAUUAGUUAUAUUAAUCAUAAUUAUUCUUACCAAGUUCAUGUCAUACCAAGCACAUAAUUUUCUAUUUCUGUUAACAUUGAGUGGAAUUGGGGGUAAGGGUUCUCCAAGGCCUAAACCCUAUCUAAGCCGGGGUAUUUUGGGAGUUCAUAUGGCCGGGGGGGGGGCCUGGGAGGCC